AUGUUACAAGACCAAACACAAAAACACUCGCACCCUCGACAGUUGUCCAAAAACCCAUCGCUGACGCUUGUCACAGGGCAAUCACACACGCACGGACCACCUCCGCCGCUUUUUGCUCCUCCAUACGCGUCAUACACUCACCAACUCCCCAAUGGCGCGCAAAUUAUCAAUGUUCCGAUGACUCAACAGGUGCCCAUGUCGCCCACCACGCCGUUUGACGUGAACUACGCAAAGGGAAUGCUGCCAAGACAGCUUCUUGUGAGCUCACCGUUUAUCCAAUCGCCCAUGGCCCACAGUCAGGCGCCUCCUCAAUCAGCGCACGUGGACCGCGGAUCGGCGAGAAACCCUCAGUCCAGCGUCCCUGCCGAAAAUAGCGCUCACCAUCAAACUCCGCACCGAACGGGGUUUCGCCGAGGCUCAUUUUCUAAGCAGCUGAAGUCCAAGCUGACACAGGUGGCCAGAGCUCCAAAAACAACAGAGUCAUCAGAGUCGUCUGAACACGAACACGAGCCCGAUGAGUUUGAAACGCGCUCGCUGCGGUUCAUCAACCUAAGGCCGGACAUUGGGUUAAGCGAUUUUCUGGAUCUCAUUGAGUAUGGCCCCAUAGAAAAUUGCUCUUUUGAACUGACGCCUCACUCCAGCAACAACAAAGCAAUCAUCCUCUCGUUUGUGAAGAACGAAACCGCGUUCAAAUGCUACUCCAAGCUCAGAACCAUAUUGGACGAGCUCCGUAGUGUGUUGGAGUCUCCUGAAAUGGAACUGCUUCCGGCCAAAAACGUGCCUUUGCUGCCUGUGGUCCAAUGGGCCAUAGAGAACGAUGGCGCGACCAGAGCAGUCUGUCUCAGCAAUAUCCCUUCGGGCCUCCCGUUGAGGGUUGUUUAUCAAGAGCUCGAAGUGAUGGGCCCCAUAGAGCAUAUCAAGUACAUCCCGAACAAAAACGCGGCUUUCGUUCACUUUACAUCAAUCUCCACGGCAAUCAAAUGCGUUGAGCAGCUAUCAUUGAGCGAAUCAAUCCUUUCGACCGCCAAGGUGUUCUAUAGUAAAGAGAAGAACGCUAGCGUUCUUCAAUCAAAUGGAACAGCCAACAUUGAGUAUGACUGCGAGGACAAUCAAUAUUCUGACUUUUACUCGACUCCGUCGACAUCGUUCUCGUCCCCCCAAAAUGCCAACAUCCCCCUCCAUAAGCCGUCCAGUCGCCAUGCUACUGAAAACACGGUAUAUGGUCCUCACUACGUUCAGUCGAUGCCCACGCCUGUUCUCCAUUCACCAUACCCACCACAAGGAGAAUUUGUCGACUCAUACAAUGGUAUGGUGUAUUCUCAACAAUCACUGCCGGAUCUGACCGAUCUGACACUUUACAGCAACGGCUCUGUCACUAAUAUUUCGCUGCCAGCGGGAGACUCUGCUGAAGCCUCAUCGAUACAAUCCAAAACGCUCUUUAGACAAUCCAACUUUGGGAAUCGGACCAUCUAUCUCGGUAACAUUCACCCAGAAACUACAGCGGAAGAAAUAUGCAAUACCGUCAGAGGAGGCUUGCUGGAAUCCAUCAAGUUGAUCCCCGACAGACAUAUCUGCUUUCUCACCUUUAUCGACUCCGGCUCUGCCGCACAAUUCUUUGCUACCGGCACUAAAGAAAAAGUGAUAAUUCACGGCAGAAGAGUCAAGGUGGAUUGGGGGAAGCAUCCAGGGCCUGUGAGCUCACGUGUGCUGGAAGCCAUCGAGAAACAUUCAGCUUCAAGAAAUUUGUACAUUGGAACUGAACCUGUCUCUGAGGAGACUCAGGAAGAAGACCGCCCAAAAAUACCCGACAUUGACACUCUGCGACGCGAUUUCUCGAUAUUCGGAGAGAUUGAGCAAAUCAACUUUUUCAGGGAUGGACAAUGUGCAUUUGUGAACUUCCUCAACAUCGUCUCCUCGAUCAAUGCUGUAGAGGACUUUAAUGGUGAAGGGCGUGAUGCUGUGCACGCUUCUUUUGAAAACAGAUACAAGGCUUUCAAAAUCGCCUACGGGAAGGAUCGAUGUGCCAACCCUCCAAAGUCUAAGAAAAACAAGAAUCGGAAUAGAAAGAAGAACCUGAAUGACUCUCGAGAGAGCUUCAAACAGUCAUCAGAAGAUGUAUCCGCCACAGACGACGACACACUACGCAAAGUUCCUGCAUUGAAAAGUAUCGGCAUAUCAUCCAAGAUGUACGAGGAGAAACAUGCCAUUGUGUCUCCUGUGAUUGAAGAGACUUUUAAUGAGGCUGGCGAGACCAUGGAUGACUCCAGCUCUCAUUCCAAUGAUUCCAACGUUGAGAUUAUUACUAGCAAGGUUGAUGCUUUGAAGCUUUCGGAGGAAACCUCCAAAAUCAACAACUCCCUGCCAGGAUGCAACCUUUCCAACUCUUCAUCUGAAAGCAUUCCGAAAGCGGCACCAGGGUCUUCGCGGAAAUCCAACUCAUCCGGAAACAGAUAUCGUGUUCAAAACAAUUUUUCUCGGUCGUCAUCGAACAAUUCAAUCAAUUACUUCAACCACUCAGACCACUAUCCUUCACAACCGCCGGUCCAAUUCCAUCCCUACUACCAACAACCAUCUCCAAUGUAUCAACAGCACUAUGCUUUUUCCUACCCGCAACCCCCGACUGCAGGCCUAAUAAGACAGAAUUCCUCCAGCUCCCGCAAAACGCUAUAUCACGAACCUACUUCGCCGAUUGCACAGCAAUUUGUGUAUUUGCAGCAGCCGACCAGGUCGCAGCAAAUAUACUAUAACUACCCGGACUAUUAUAGUUAUCAUCCCCAAGCGAGCUUCUAUAUGGAGAGCCGCGACGAUGUCUCGGAGCAGGGUCCACGGGAUGAGUCUUACAACGAGGAAAACGCUCAGUAUUAA